AUGUCUGCAGCGCAAUUCAAACAACAUGUUGGAGGUUGCCCGCUUCCAACGCCAGAGCUGCUAGUCCUCUCGCCCUCACCCCAGCCGUCAACCUCAACCUGGCCCAUCUUCUCACCAUCACCGUCGCCCUCGCCCUCGACCCCACCCGUCCUGCGGCGUCGGAGGAGAUCGACGCCGUGCCUGAGGUGCUGCCACCGCUGGUCGCCGCCACCGCCGCCGCCGAGGGGCAGCAGAAGAAGGUGGUGCAGAAGCCGAUCGACUACCAGGCGAUCAUGCUCAAGGAGAGCCCGCGCGAGGUUGUGCGCAAGCGACUGCAGUGGAUGGUCGACCAUGCCGCCGAGGGGCAGAUGCCCGUGGGCGAGGCCAUCUGUGGCGUCACCGGCAACUUCGUUCCCUCGUCGACGCCCAACAUCUACGAAUACGCCGGCGUCUACAUCUGGGUACGGCUUGUGUUGGCUGCCCAACCCCAAGCGAUGGACUGUCCAGUAG